UUUACCUUUUUGCACUUGCGCAGAUGGAUGCCGUUUGACACGCGUGGUGAGGAAGUGUAACGUUAGAAAGCUGCCGUGUGUAGUAAGCGGUGUCUGACUGACAGAGGGAUAUUUGCCACCGGUGCGGGCCGUCAACAGCUCAUCUUAGAACCACAACAUGUCUUGGUUGUUCGGCCUUAACAGAGGGCAGCCCGAGGCUCCUGCGGAGAUGCCGGUGCCGCCACCUCCACCUCCGCCAGCCGGAGGAUCCGGAGGAUCUAGCGGUGAUAGACCCAAGGACAAAUGGAGCAACUUCGAUCCAACGGGGCUGGAACGGGCGGCCCAGGCAGCCAAAGACCUUGACAAAUCACGUCAUGCUAAAGAGGCCCUGGAUUUGGCCCGGAUGCAAGAGCAGAGUGUUCAAAUGGAGCACCAGACCAAGAUUAAGGAGUAUGAGGCGGCGCUGGAGCAGCUGAAAGGAGACCAGAUUCGCAUCCAGUCCGAGGAGAGGAGGAAGACUAUGCAGGAGGAGUCGAGGCAGCAUCAGUCUCGCGCUCAGUACCAGGACAAGCUGGCAAGGCAGAGGUACGAGGACCAGCUCCGGCAGCAGCAAGCCAUCAAUGACGAGAACAUACGCAAGCAGGAGGAGUCUGUUCAUAAGCAGGAGGCCAUGAGAAAAGCCACCAUCGAGCACGAGAUGGAUUUACGUCACAAGAACGAGAUGAUGCGCGUGGAGGCGGAGGCUAAAGCUCGGGCACGCGUGGAGCGGGAGAACGCUGACAUUAUCCGUGAGCAGAUCCGUUUGAAGGCCGUCGAACACAGACAGACCGUCCUGGAGAGCAUACGAACUGCGGGGGCAGUGUUUGGAGAAGGGUUCCGGGCCUUCGUGUCAGACUGGGAUAAAGUCACAGCCACGGUGGCAGGACUGUCAUUGCUGGCAGUUGGCGUUUACUCAGCGCGGAACGCCACAGGCGUGGCUGGACGGUUCAUCGAGGCUCGCCUUGGAAAACCCUCACUGGUCCGCGAGACGUCCCGCAUCACCGUGACAGAGGCCAUCAAGCAUCCAAUCAAGGUGACGAGGCGUCUGACCAGCAAGCCUCAGGAUGCUCUGGAGGGAGUUGUGCUUAGUCCCGUCCUGGAGGAGCGCGUCCGUGACAUUGCCAUAGCGACAAGGAACACGCGACAAAACCGUGGCCUGUAUCGCAACAUCCUCAUGUACGGCCCACCGGGAACUGGCAAGACCCUGUUUGCCAAAAAAUUGGCAGUGCAUUCUGGGAUGGAUUAUGCCAUCAUGACGGGUGGUGACGUGGCACCGAUGGGGCGUGAGGGCGUGACGGCCAUGCACAAGGUGUUCGACUGGGCCAACACUAGCCGACGAGGCCUUCUACUGUUCGUCGAUGAAGCUGAUGCAUUCCUCCGUAAAAGAUCCACUGAGAAAAUCAGUGAGGAUCUCAGAGCUACACUCAAUGCAUUCCUGUACCGCACUGGAGAACAGAGCCACAAGUUCAUGCUGGUCUUAGCCAGUAACCAGCCGGAGCAAUUUGACUGGGCCAUAAACGACCGCAUUGAUGAGAUCGUCAACUUUGCCCUGCCGGGGCUGGAGGAGAGGGAGAGGCUGGUGCGCCUGUACUUUGACCGAUAUGUGCUGGAGCCAGCCACUGGGGGGAGGCAGAGGCUGAAGCUGGCCCAGUUUGACUACGGGCAGAAGUGCUCGGACAUUGCCAAGAGGGCGGAAAGCAUGUCGGGCAGAGAGAUCUCCAAACUGGGGGUCGCCUGGCAGGCGGCAGCAUACUCUUCUGAGGACGGCGUACUGACGGAGGCCAUGAUCGACGCCCGGGUGGACGAGGCGGUGAAGCAGCACCGGCAGAAGAUGAACUGGCUCCACGCGGAGGCGGUGUCGGGGGAGGGUGGCCCUGGAGCCGGAGGGGCAGCAGCUGAGGGCGGCCUGGGCAAGAUAGGCUUCACGCCUCCGCCGCAGGCCUUCUCUGAGAACAUUCUAGAAGUAGAAUCUCCCUCCAGGGACAGUGAAAUGGGGGACGAGCUAGGGAAUGGGACCAAAUCAGAAGGCAGCUCUUUGGCUGAGGGUAAACCCAAAGCACCGCCUCCCAAGGAAGGAACUCCUGUGUGAUUGGCCUAGUUUACCGUCCAUCACUCCUCACCGUCCUCUCUCCAAUAACCUCAGUUACUGAGCUCCGGCCUGUUUGUGUCUAAAGAUCAGUGGGAGCAUGGGGAGAAUUUGAACCUCGGUCUUCAUUUCAAACAGUAUUCCAUCAUCCCUAUCAGAUACCUGCACAAGCGCCACAUCACCCGGUCAGAAGACAGAGUACAUGUGUCACCACAAAAAAUUAUUGCACGUUGCACUUAAUUAUGCACUUGUGAGACUGGCGCCAGUGUUCACGACCGGGUAAUGCUGUGCCUAUGCUGGGAGUGGGUGGGGUGGGGUUGGGGUGUAAUCGUUUCUGGUGCCUGAGCACCCCUUUGGUAUGGGGGUGCUGCUGCUGCAGGUUCUGGGAUCUCAUCAUCCAAUUGUCUUAAGCCCAGCACUGAGGAAGGAGAGUAGAGGGAUGAGGCAAAGGAGUGCUCUGGAAUGGAGCGUGCCACGCAUAAGAUGAGUGGCACAUCAAGAGGUCCGCUGUAACUUGUUUGGUUGUAGUCUGUGUUGAUGUGAGUGUGUGAGAUGGGAAGGAGAGGGGCAGCAGGUAGAACUAUAUAUUCAUGAGAAGAAGGAUGAUAAAUGGUCUGAUGUUCUGUAUUUUAUUAAUGAUUUGAAUCAUCUGUGUUAGUUUACUUGAAAGAAUAAGAAUUCUGUGUCACUAAUAUAAAGAGGAUGAAUAAUCCAUUUUAUAAAUGUAUAUGGAAAUUUAUGUUUUUAUGAA